AUGCAAUCACACACGUCGCGAUCGACGGUGCGCGUGCCGCGGCACAAGGUGUCUGACAUAUUCAACGAGCAGGCGCCUUUCGUCCCGAACUCCCUCUCCUCUUCACAGAGCAACAUCGACUUCGGCCGUCAAACCCCAGACCGCAUGUCCAUGGAGUCGGACGAGCAUCCCUUCGAGCACUGGUACCGCGGGGAUGUGGCGCGGAAUGGGGGCGUGGGCGAGCUGCGCGUGGCUCGUCGCCAGGAGAUGCUCGAUAUAGCGACCUACGGCCACACGCUUCGGAAGGCGUCCAACACACACGUACCGGGCGGCAUGUCGACGCGCUCGCGGUCGAGCUCACGGGGGAGGGAAAUGGUCAACGGGCGAGCACGGCCACGCGCGGGAAGUGUCGGGGCGAGGGAGAGCAUAUACAUGGACGAGGACGAGGGCGCAGGGCAGGCAGGGAUGGUGUUGGACGAGCGGCCAUUGACGGAUCUCGAGGACCACGGGUACGAUGACCAGGACGAAGAGUACUAUACUGACUUGGUCCAGCCACACCCUAACGGCUCUGCCUCCUCCCCGUCACUUGACCGUAGCGACACCCCCACCAGUCGCUUUACACAGAACACUGCGCGUAGUCGAAUACCCCAGCCUUCACAACGCCCAUCCCCAUCCACCCAAACCGCUACUCCCAGCAAGUUUACCCGAAGUGGGUCAGAGAGUGGGGUUUCCACGCCUACUACCACCCCGAAGCUCCCUCGCUCAGCCUCCCAGCCGAGAGCAAACACCUCCCAAGCCCAGCAGACUCCCACUGCGAAACGGAGAGCCAAAAGCCCUGCGAACGCCGCAUCAGCAUCAGCCGCGAAGAAGGCCAAGGCGAAGUCCCCGCCAUCCUCCAUGCAGAAGAGACCAAACCAGAAGGAGGAAAACCGGAGAUCCAUAGGGCAGUAUCCCAUGGCGGAUGGUGAUGAGGAUGCUAUUCCGACAUGGACUCAGCCGGUGACUGCAAACGGGAAUUGGGAUGAAGUCGUCCUACCUGUCGUCGCUCGGAAGAAGGGUCUUGAUGGCCAGUUCUUGACAGCGGACGGGAGCCCGAAGCCAAGAGAGCCGGAACCUGUUGUCUACGAACCGGUAGGUUUCGCCAAUAGUGCAGGGAGGAUUGCGCUAAUGCAUCCGCGCACUAGGCUCCCGGCACAUUCGGGUACGAUGCCACUAAGUACCGCAGACGACAGAGCGGAGGAAUAG